GCAGCCACCUUCAUGGGCCACCCCUUGCAGUACUGGGACUGCCAUGGUGGGGAUGGACUCCAAUGGCACUCAGGUACCAGGGUGCCUGGCAGACAUGGAGAUGCCAGUGCUGGUCCCCACCAGGCAGCUGAAGGGUGAGGGGACGGUGCUGGGCCAUGAGGAGCGGCCCCCAUGCCUUCCCCGGGUGCGUCGGGCCCAACUCCAAGAAACACGAGGCUGGAAGAGGUUUUGGCUGGGCUGCGCCAGGACACCGGGCUCCUGCCAAGCCUGGCGGGGCCGCGAGAGCUGAUUGUUUCCAUGUCUGCCGCUGUGCCAAAACAGCGUCUGCCUUGGGGAGGUGGAGGGAAGAGGGCGUAGGAGAAAAGGGGGAGAGAGAGGGGAGCAGAGGCUUUUCAGCAGGAGAGGGGGGAAUGGUUGCUGGGGUCGACAAGCCCUGCUGUGAGGAGGGGACAACACCUGUCCCCUUCCACCAGGACCCCCUCCCACUGCACAGCACCAACGCAGAACUAGACCCCCUCGUGUCACCAUGUGGUAGAAGGACAAAACCCCCCAUUAUGCUGCCAGCACCCAGCCAGAGGCGGGGGCCGAGCCCCUCUCUGCAGGGAUGUGUCCCGAGGCCAGCCAAGCCCUCAGAGGGCACCUCCCCACCGCCAUCUUGGGGGGGGGGGGCGCCAUCUUGCUCCCGGGCACCGCCGCCAUCGUGGUUGUGGGCAGCGGGGUGGGCCCGGGGGGCUGCAUCGUGGGGCCAGGUCGGGCUCAGCUCAUCCGUGCUGCCUCCUCUGCUCCCGUGGGGGGGGGCACGGAGAUGGAUGCCGGGGAGCUGUUUGCGACGGCAGUGCCCGGGGAGCAGCUGGAGGCCGGCUGGGAAAGGGCCCUGCGGAGGAUCUUUGGGCCCAGCCGGUGCCUGAGCGGCGUCGAGCGCCCCAGGGGAGCGGGGCCCUUCGCAGCAGUUGUGCAGGGCAGGAUGCGGGAGCACUGGCAGAAAGGGCUGCAGUUCUCAUCCUGCAGCCAGUGGGAGAAAGCCAUCAUCUGCUACACGAAAGCCAUCGGCCUGGAUCCGCAGCGGGCAGAGCUGUACGAGCAGCGGGCAGAGGCUUUCCUCCAGCUUUGUGACUUCCAGUCAGCCACUCUGAACUUCAGGAAGGCGCUUGCGUUGGGACCUGCACGGGAGCAGCACUGCCUGGCUCGCUUAGCCCUCGUCCUUGACCUGCAGGGACAAUGUCUGCUUGACCAGGAGCUCUACAGCGAGGCCCUGGAGGCCUUUACACGAGCAGCUGAGCUGCAGCCCCACCGCAGGGUGUUUCGACGGAGGAGCAUCUUGUGCCUCUCUGCCCUCAACAAGUUCCCGGAGUGCCUCCGGAUGCUUAACAGAGACCUGGCGGAGGAUGCGAGGAACCCUGAUCUGUACGUGCUCCGUGCCUCCUUCUACGAGCGCUUUGGGCAGUUGUCCCUGUGUCACCAGGACGUCCAGCGGGCCCUGGAGCUGGAGCCACAGCACGGAGCUGCCCAGGCGCUGCGGCAGCGGCUGCAGAGGCGAGGCCUAGAGGCCAAGGCCGAGGCAGUGUCGAAGGCCCUGUGCGGGGACCUGCGUGGGGCCCUGCUCAAGAUCAGCUUUGCCAUCGAGACCAACCCCUUGGCUGCUGAAUUCUUCACCCUCAGGGGGGCCCUCCUCCGACGGCUGAAGGACUUCAGCGCAGCCUGCAAGGACUUGGCCAAGGCGAGGCAGCUUUGUGCCAAUGAGGGCCCGGAGGCUCAGGAGGCUCGGCGGCAGCUGGUGCUCACCUACAAUGACCGUGCCGUGCACUGCUACACUCUGGGCCGGCUUGAUGAGGCUGUGAUGCUCCUUGGUGAGGCUCUGCGAGAUGAGAGGACAGAGGAGGGACUCUGUGUCAACAGAGGAGACUGCUUCCUUCGCCUGGGGGAGCUGGCCCACGCGCUAGCGGAUUACCAGCAGGCGCUGGAGCUGAGCCCAGGGAACCUCGGUGUGCAGCGACGUGUUGCGGCGACACUGCACGAGCUGGGUCGUCAGGACGUGGUGGCGAGGCGGUACCAGCAGGCGGAGGCUCGCUUCUCUGCUGCCAUUGAGCACGACCCCCGCGAAGCUCUGCACUACCUGCACCGGGCCCGGGCCCGCCUGUGCCUGUGGAGGGUGCAGAGCGCGAGGGAGGACGCUGUGCGGAGCCUGCGGCUGGACCCCACGGACAGCGAGAUCCUUUCCCUCGCACACCACCUCUUUCCAAGAACGACUGUCCAGGCUAUCCUGAGGAGUGAGACCGGACGCCUCGCCCAAGAAACUGUAGAGGAAACACUUCAGAGCCCCCCAGAACCCACAACUUCAGCCGGUGACGCCUGGUGUGACAGCAGUAGGUUCCCACGUAAGUGGCGGCCCCGAGAAGCUCAGCAGAGCUGGCCCAGCCAAAGUUUGCGAGGUCUGACCAGCAGAAGGAUGUAAAAGAGGCUCAGCAGCUUAUAGCACCAACUCCUCAGCCUGCUGUAGAAAUCAACACUGAAUAAAAAGAAUUUUUAAAACCAUUCGUAGCACCACGGUCUCCCCUGGAGGUAGGCACGAAGUUUUUUUUUGUAGCUAGUAAAACAAGGGAGAGGUCUGGUGUUUUGUUUUUGCUUUCCUGGUUUGCUGCAGGACCUCGGGGGAAAGAUGGGGAAGAGCUGGGCUCUUGGCGGGUUGGGCAGUGACAUUUCCCUCACUGCGACCCCGUGCUUCUUGAUGGUGAAGCUGGUCCCUACCAGCACCUAUUCACAGUGAAAGGAAACUGGAAAGAAGUUGGCUCUAAAAAUUCCUCAGAAAGCAAACUCCGCUGCAACGUUGAAGGUGUUCACCAGCCAGCGUCGCAGGAGUCAACACCAACACUGUCACAUUGUACCAAGGAACUGAGGUACUGCCACACUUAAAAAGACAGUUUUAAAA